GUUUCCAAUUAUGUUUCUUUUCUCUGAGCCCACGCCUGGUGGGCAGAAGUGAUGUUUUUAUUCCACCGUGGAGCAGGCUUUUGUGGGGCUGGGGAUGGGGUGUAGGUUAGGGAUGAAGGCGGGGGAGUCUCUCCGUGUGUGUUGACUUUGUGCCCGACUUUUUAGCAGUUGAGCGGAAACGAGAGCCAGGGGUUGGUAAGUGACGUACAGUAGUACAAGGGUUACUUUGUAUGACUCCCCGGCUCAUGGAGAGACAACUGGACAGUCAUUCAAUCCCGCCUUCAGCAGCAGCCGUGGCAGCCGCAGCGGCUUGCAGCCAGCCACCCGAGUUGCAAAUUUAAGAAAGAAGGAAGAAAAAGUUACAAGCGAAGAGAGAUCAGUCUGAACUCAGGGUGGUGUGGGCGGAGGUGGCAGCAGCGGACGAAGGAGGGAUUGUAGCAGAGUACAGGAACUGGGGAGGCGGGAGAGGAGGGAGGAGUGAGGGUGGGAGGAGGAGGACUCGUAUCUGUACUCCCACAGAGCGAGGCGUUUCCACCCUUCUCUACCCAAGGGCUGGGAGCCCCGAGUUGAAAGAGAAUAAUGAAGAUCACUUAAGAGGCUGGAGUAGGGAGAGUACGGGACGUACACACCCAGAUCUGGAGGGGGGCGGGGGGAAGAGAGGUAGAGAGAGAGAAAAGAGAGCGGGAGUGACUGCUAGAGAGAGGCUCCCGGCUGAGCUUUAGCCUGAUAAGUUGUAGCAAGUAUUCCCCGGACCACUUAGCUCAUCCUUGGGGCUGAAGCGGGGUGUUCUGGGGCAGCAAACUGGGGAAGCUUUAGAGACCAUGGGGACAGAUGGAGGGGCGAGAAGGAAAAAUACAGCAGCACGAGAAGAAGGGGAUCAGGGGCAGGAGGAGCCGAGGAGACACAGGCAGCAGCGGCGCCGGCGAAGGAGGGAGAGCAAGACCAGGACUGUGCGCUCCAACCUGCUGCCGCCCCCGGGGGGUGGGGAGCCCGAUGUAGCUGUGAAAGGGGCUCCCCAUCGGUGGCGGUGGAGUCAGGGAGGCUCCCAGCACCUGGCUGACAACCGGCUGAAGACGACCAAGUACACUGUACUGUCCUUCCUGCCCAAGAACCUCUUUGAGCAGUUUCAUCGCCUGGCUAACGUGUACUUCGUCUUAAUCGCCCUGUGUAACUUUGUGCCUGUCCUGAAUGCCUUCCAGCCCGAGCUGGCCUUGGCGCCGGUGCUCUUCAUCCUGGCCGUCACCGCCAUCAAGGACCUUUGGGAGGAUUACAGCCGCCACCGCUCGGACCACGAGAUCAACCACCUGGACUGCCUUGUCUACUGCAGGGAUGAAAAGAAAUUCGUGAACCGAUAUUGGAAAGAAGUCCGAGUUGGAGAUUUUGUUCAGCUUCGAUGUAAUGAGAUCAUACCCGCUGACAUAUUGCUGCUUUCUUCGAGUGACCCUGAUGGUCUCUGUCACAUUGAAACUGCCAACCUGGAUGGAGAAACCAAUUUGAAACAGCGGCAGGUGGUGAGGGAAUUUUUAGAGCUGGAUGCUGAAUUCAAUCCCUUGAAGUUCACCAGUAUAAUCGAAUGUGAGAAGCCAAAUAACGACCUAAGAAGGUUUCGAGGUAACAUUAUACAUGAAAAUGGGAAAAAAGCUGCACUUUAUAAAGAAAAUUUAUUGCUGCGUGGAUGUACCAUUAGAAAUACAGAAGAGGUAACAGGAAUAGUCAUCUAUGCAGGACACGAGACUAAAGCUUUGCUAAACAACAGUGGACCACGUUACAAGCGAAGUAAGCUCGAAAGACAAAUGAAUAUGGAUGUCCUUUGGUGUGUCCUUAUACUCAUAGUCAUGUGUCUGUUUUCUGCAAUUGGUCAUGGACUAUGGGUACGACAGUAUGGAGACAGGAAGAAACCAUUAUUUGAUGUCCCACAAUCGGAUGGCAGCUAUUUGUCUCCAGUUCUAGCUGCAGUUUAUUUAUUUUUGACAAUGAUAAUAGUUCUUCAGGUUCUAAUCCCGAUUUCUUUAUAUGUUUCCAUUGAAAUUGUCAAAAUAUGUCAGGUCUUUUUUAUUCACCAAGAUAAAGAACUAUAUGAUGAAGAAACAGACUCCAAACUACAGUGUCGAGCCCUGAAUAUCACAGAAGAUUUAGGACAGAUACAGUAUAUUUUCUCUGAUAAAACUGGCACUCUCACUGAAAACAAGAUGGUUUUCCGAAGAUGCACUGUUUCUGGCAUAGAAUACUCACAUGAUGCUAAUGCUCGGCGCAUAGCUAUGUACCAGGAGGCUGACUCCGAAGAGGAUGAAGCCGCUCCCAAGGGAGGGACGCUAUCCCGGCGGGGCAGCAUCGGUAGUCACCAAAGUGUCAAGGUUGUUCACAGAACCCAGAGCACCAAAUCCCACAGACGGACGGGCAGCCGAGCCGAAGCAAAGAGAGCCAGCAUUCUAUCCAAACAUACGGCUUUCAGCAGCCCAAUGGAAAAGGACAUUACCCCUGAUCCAAAACUAUUUGAAAAGGUAAAUGAAUGUGCUAGGUGUCUGGAGAUCAUGAGAAACCAGGAAAAGUCAUUGUCCCAUCUCACCCCGGAACUCGCUGAUAUUUUUGACUUCUUCAUAGCCCUGACCAUCUGCAAUACAGUGGUAGUGACAGCCCCCAAUCAGCCAAGACACAAGGUAAGAGUUAGGUUUGAGUUGAAGUCUCCAGUGAAGACCAUAGAAGAUUUCAUCCGAAGAUUCACUCCCAGCCGCCUGACUUCUGGAUCGAACAGUGGAAGCUCCUCAAGCCUCUCCACCAGUAAAUCAACCCACAAAACUGGUUCCAGCUUUCUGUCCACACUGUCCACUGAGAGUACCCUGCUCAAACUCGAAGCUGGCCUGACCCACUCCUCCCCAAAGAUGAAUAACAAUGGGUAUGGUGUGCAGCCCGGAGGUGGCUGGGCAACCGAGAAUGGACUCAAAGAGGGGGAGCUUCGUUACGAGGCUGAGAGUCCCGAUGAAGCCGCCCUCGUCUAUGCAGCCAGAGCCUACAACUGCUCCCUGGUUGGCAGGCUGCCCGACCAGGUUUCUGUAGAACUCCCUCACCUGGGGAGGCUAACCUUUGAGCUUUUACACACGCUGGGCUUUGACUCCAUCAGGAAGAGGAUGUCUGUGGUGAUCAGGCACCCCCUUACGGACGAAAUCAACGUUUACACCAAAGGAGCGGAUUCGGUAAUAAUGGAUCUUCUACUGCCUUGCUCCUCAGAUGACUCAAGAGGAAAGCACCAGAAAAAAAUUCAAAGUAAAACUCAGAAUUAUCUGAACCUCUAUGCUGUGGAUGGAUUACGUACCUUAUGUAUAGCCAAGAAGGUUCUAAGUAAAGAAGAGUAUGCCUGCUGGUUACAAAGCCAUUUGGAAGCAGAAUCCUCACUGGAGAACAGGGAUGAGCUGCUGUUCCAGUCUGCAAUCCGUCUGGAGACCAAUCUACACCUAUUGGAAAUUCAGGUGUUCUCCUUAUUCUUUAUGAACCAGCAUCAUUAUAGGGUUUUACUGUGCCUGAAAUGUUUGAAUGAUUCUCAAACUUACUUCCCAAAGACCUUACCCCCACAGUUCCCAGGGGCGACGGGCAUCGAAGAUCGCUUACAGGAUGGUGUCCCAGAAACUAUUGCUAACUUGCGACAGGCUGGACUGCAGAUAUGGGUUCUCACUGGGGACAAACAAGAAACAGCUGUUAAUAUUGCCUAUGCCUGCAAACUGCUUGACCAUGAUGAGGAAAUCAUUACUCUGAAUGCUGAAUCACAGGAAACAUGUGCUGCUUUAUUGGAACAGUGUUUAUACUAUGUGGAGUCAAAAUUUUCAGACAGUGGAGUGAAGAAAUCUCUUGGAAAGGUGAACGUUGGGGUCACUUCUCUCCACCCGCCUUCCCCAUCUGCUGCCGCAUGCCCCAACUUAGGCCUCGUGAUCGAUGGGAAAACUCUGGCAUAUGCACUGGACAGAACCUUGGAAGACAAAUUCCUUUCUCUAGCUAGGAGAUGCCGUUCAGUCCUCUGCUGUCGAUCUACUCCAUUACAAAAGAGCAUGGUGGUAAAGCUGGUCAGAAACAAACUGAAAGCCAUGACCUUGGCAAUAGGUGAUGGAGCCAAUGAUGUCAGCAUGAUCCAAGUAGCUGAUGUUGGUGUGGGCAUCUCUGGUCAGGAAGGCAUGCAGGCGGUGAUGGCAAGCGACUUUGCAGUCCCAAGGUUCCGACAAUUGGAGAAACUUCUGCUUGUUCACGGACAUUGGUGCUACUCCCGACUUGCUAAUAUGGUGCUUUAUUUCUUCUACAAAAAUGCGAUGUUUGUGGCCCUUCUAUUUUGGUACCAGUUUUACUGUGGAUUCUCCGCGUCUUCCAUGAUUGAUCAAUGGUUUUUGAUCUUCUUUAAUUUAUUGUUCUCAUCACUUCCUCAAUUAAUUACUGGAGUGCUUGAUAAAGAUGUUCCAGCUGAAAUACUGGUUACUGUACCUCAACUCUACAAAAGUGGACAGAACAUGGAGGAAUACCAGCCCCAUAUGUUUUGGAUGAACAUGAUUGACGCCACCUAUCAAAGCCUGGUUUGCUUUUUCAUCCCUUACUUCGCCUAUCGUGACUCUGAUGUUGAUAUAUUUUCCUGGGGAACUGUCAUCAUGACGAUAGCUCUCUUCACCAUCAUACUGCAUUUGGGCAUUGAAACCAAAACCUGGACCUGGCUCCACUGGACAGCAUGUGGCUUCAGUAUCCUUGUAUUUUUCAUUGUGGCUUUGGUGUACAAUGCCUCUUGUUCAACGUGUUUUCCUCCAUCUAACCCUUACUGGACUAUGCAAAGGUUAAUGGGUGACCCCAUGUUUUACUUGACUACCAUCAUAUCAUCUGUUGUUGCCUUAUUGCCUCGAUUUUUGUAUAGAACAUUCCAAGGGACACUCUUCCCAACUCAGCUUCAGCUGGGGCGCCAGUUGGCCAGGUGGGGCCCAAAGGAAUUCAGUGUUCACAAAGACACCAUUUCUCAGCAACAUCCUAUAGGAGAGCAAGGAUUGCAGAGCUCAGCUUCGAAGGGCAGUGAUAACUCUGGACCCCAUCCUCAGGACCACUCUCCACUAGCAUCUCAGUCUGGACAUCAACCAGCUUCUGUAACAGAGUCCAGGAGUGCGCACAGGACAGCAAAUGUGAAUGCCCAGUCCUUGAAGAACACUAUGAUGGACAGCUUAAGGGGACACUCUUUGGUGCCACAGAGACUAGAAGGUGCUGUCCAAGAGGGACCAUCUGGUGAUUCUGAGGGGGAAUCCUCCACCAAAGAAGUAUCCCCCCUGUCCUCUAUUCUAGACCUGCCAGACUUCAGUUUACUAAACUGGAUUUCCUCCACACCAUUGUUUAAUGGGUUUGGAAGAGCCUUUCGGCUCUCUCAGAGUAGUUUACAAACUGACGUGCUGGGUGGCACAUUUUUCUCCGUUGGCUCCCAGCUGGAUCAGGACUUAAAAGGUUUAAAAAGAGAGACCUCAGACUGCUUCCAGGAGAAAGUUAAAGGGACUUCAGCUGUUUGCCACAACAGUGAAAAUCUUGAAACAACCUUUUUAUAACAUGGACUUUAAUAAUAUUUAUGUUUUCUAUUUGCACAGAAGAGUUAUAGUAAAAAUGUCUUUAAAUGUUUCCAGGACUGAAACAGGAAAUUAGAGGUACCAAAAAAAAAAAGGUUUAUUUUUAAAAUUUUAAGUAGAGUAUAUUGAAAAAGAUCAGAGCUUUAAAGUAUAAGAAAAAAGUUGCACUUGAAAAUUACAUUUAAAUCUAUUUUUUCAUCUCAUUUUAUAAGAAAAUGCAGUAUGUUUUAUUUUCUUCAAAAUGCUUUACUUAGCAUCCUGUCUGGAAGUAUAAGCAUCAUACCUAGUUCCCAGGGCAUUGGUUUUCAUUGCUAUUUUAUGGCAGGAAUAUAGAUGGCUAUCAGGGAGAGAUCAUUGUAAACACUCAAACAGCAAAUCCCACCAUGUGUGUUGCUCAUCUCGUCACAAAAAAGAAGGGUAAGAUAGAAUUUCAGGAAAAUGAAAAGCAUGAACACUCAUUCCAUCCUCUAAUGUCAUUCAGAUAGCUUAUAAAUAUCACAGUAUGAGUAUUUCAUCCCCUAUGUAGUACUUCACCUGUUUAAAAACCAUAACAAACAAUAAAUAAUGUUCAUAUUGCAAAAAAAAAAAAAGUGUCUCCUGUUACCAUUAGCCAGUUUGCACAUUUAUACAUUCUAGGUUAUGUUUCAAGGGUGGCGUAAUACUCACAGCCUGUCAGGACCUUUAUGCAUUAUGAAGAAAGUGGUUUGGUAAGACAGAAUGCACUAGUGCUGUUACUUAGUCUGAUGCUUACUAGCUGUGUGACCAUCAGCAAGCACUUCACCUCUCUGGACCUCGGUUUCCUCAUCUGUAAAAUGAGGGGCUUGGAUUUGACCACCUGUAAGGUCCUUUUUAACUCUGAAUCUAUGAUCCUAUUAUACCUCAUUCAGAGUCAUAUCAAGUCAAAUCAACAAGCAUUUAUUAAGCACCUACUAUGUUCUAGGCACUGUGCUAAGCCCUAGGGAUACAGAAAAAGACAAGAAACAGGAGCUCAGAGUCUACCAGAAAAGACAAACUACGUAUAAACAAAAUGUGCACAGGAUGAAUUGGAGAUAAUUUUAGAAAGAAGGCAGGAAGAUUAAGGAAGACUAGGAAAUCCUUCUUGCAAGUCCCUAAAGCUGAAGUUUGGAGGAAGUCAGGGAAGCCAGGAGACCUUGACAAGAAGGGAUGGUAUUCUAGGCACAGAGGACAGCUAGUGAAAAUUCCUCGAGUUGGAAGAUGAAGUGUCAUGUGAAAGGAAUGGCAAGGAGGCCAGUGUCAUUAGAUCACAGAAUAUGUGUAGAAAGCCACCUAGUUAGAAUGUAGAGAGGAAGGGGACCUUAUUCCAACUUCCUCAUUGUAUAUUCAAGGAAGCACAAAAAUAUGCAACGUUGUACCUAAGGUCACACAGGUAGGAAGAUGCCCCUCUGAAAAGAACACUGGAUUUUAAGUCAAAACUGGUUGAAAACUGAAAAUGAGGUGAAAGUGAUACGGAGAGUAGGAAUGGUUUCACCAUUGGCUUCUAGGGUACUGAGAAUGGACCCCUGAACUUGUCUAUUUCUGCUCCACCCUGGUUUCCAUACUGUACAAAACUACUGCUUCACUAAGUACCGUUUGAUGUCUGAUUGGAAUUCUGACUCUUUAUAUAGUUGUUCAAAGAAUAUAAUGUCUGUUUCCUAUGUCCUUGGUAUCAGCCAGCUACUUCCAAGAAGGUGGCAUGGUCGAGUGGAUACACAGAUGGAUUGGGGGUAGGGCAGAGGUUUUAUAACUCUGGAUUUCCUCCUGUCCCCAGGUUUCUCAUUUCCUGAACUUAUAAACCUACUUUACAAAUUACAAACUUG